GGUGGCACGGAGCGCUGAACCGGUGGCACGGACAGCGGCCGGAGCGCUGAACCGGUGGCACGGAGCGCUGAACCGGUGGCACGGGCAGCUGCAGCGCUGACGGCACCGGGACCGGCAGGGGGCGCUGCUGGUGGAGGACACGGAAGUGACUGUCACGUGGCCUCGCGGGGCCGCUCUGCCCGCAGUGCCCGCGACUCUCUGGUGCGGUCGCCAUGGGAACGCGGCGGAGCCGGGAGCGGUGCGAUGGCGGCGGCGGGCGGCGGGAGCACGGGCCCGGGCCCAUCCCCGGGAACCCCUCCGGGCGAGGAGGCGGCCAUCGCCGCGGCCUCCCCCGACCGUCCCGCUGCCCCCGCCGGACCCGAGCCGCGGAGGAAGCGCAGUGUCCCCUCCAUCAACCUGAGCGGCUGCAAGUACGAGAGUGUGCGGCGGGCGGCGCAGCGCUGCGGGCUGAAGGAAGCGGCGGAGAACGAGGAGUGGACGGUGUGCUGGACGGACAGCACGGUCACUUUGGAGCGCCUCAUGGAAAUGAAGCGCUUCCAGAAAAUCAACCACUUCCCAGGCAUGAUCGAGCUGUGCCGCAAGGACCUGCUGGCUCGCAACCUGAACCGCAUGCUCCGGCUCUUCCCCAAGGAGUACAACAUCUUCCCCCGCACGUGGUGCCUGCCAGCCGACUACGGAGAUUUCCAUGCCUAUAGAUCCAUGAGGAAAGCAAGAACAUUCAUCUGCAAGCCCGACAACAGCUGCCAGGGAAGAGGGAUCUUCAUAACCCACCACCCAGAGGAGAUCAAGCACGGGGAACGCAUGAUCUGUCAGCAGUACAUCUCUGAGCCCUUCCUCGUCGAUGGCUUCAAGUUUGACAUGCGCAUCUACGUGCUGGUCACAUCCUGUGACCCACUGAAGAUUUUUCUCUACAAGGAGGGCCUGGCCCGAUUUGCCACCAUGAGGUACAUCGAUCACAGCACGAGAAACCUGGGUGACAUCUGCAUGCACCUGACCAAUUAUGCAAUCAACAAACACAAUGAGAACUUCGUCAAGGACGACAUGGUGGGCAGCAAGAGGAAGCUGUCCACCCUGAAUGCCUGGAUGGCAGAGCACAGCUAUGACACAUCAGAGCUCUGGGCAGAUAUUGAUGACAUUGUUAUAAAGACACUGAUUUCAGCUCACCCUGUGCUGAAACACCAUUACCAGAGCUGCUUCUCCAGCCACACUACUGGCUGCGCCUGCUUUGAAAUCCUGGGCUUUGACAUUUUGCUGGAUAGAAGGCUGAAGCCAUGGCUGCUGGAGGUGAACCACUCUCCCAGCUUCAACACAGAUUCUCAGCUAGACCAUGAGGUGAAGGAUGCCCUUCUGUGUGACACCUUCAACCUGAUCAAUGUGCACGCCUGUGACAGAAAGAAGGUGCUGGAGGAAGACAAGCGGCGGGUAAAGGAACGGCUCCUUCAGGCCUACCAGACUCCCCGGGAGUCCAGGCGCAGGGAGCAGGAGAACAGCCAGGCUGCCUGGCUGGCACAGGCUGAAACCUACGAGAACGAGCACCUGGGGGGGUUCCGACGCAUCUACCCAGCACCUGGGACAGAGAAGUACGAGCCAUUCUUCCAGCAGAGCAGGUCCCUCUUUCAGGAAACAGCAGCAUCCAAGGCAAGAGAAGAGUAUGCCAGGCAGCAGCUGGAGGAGAUGCGCCUGAAAAAUGAAAAGCUGGAAGCUGCCAGGAAGAAGAAAACAGAGAGUAUCCAGAAUAAAAGCACAGCUCCUACAACCCACCUUACCUACAGAAGCACCAAGGCGUGGGAUAGAAAGGUGCAGCGCAUGCAGUACGACUCCAUGCAGCCCCAGAACAUCAUGGCACAUGAAGAGAAGAGGAGAGUGAAUGCUCUGCUGCAGCGUGAGAAGCUGAUCCGAGACCUGGGCAUCACCGAGCAGCUUUCCCAGCUGCUCCCCACGGCUGACACGCAGGGAUCCUGCGAGCUCCAGAGCCAGCUGCCGCUUCCCUGGGAUGUCAUCGGGGACCAGAACACCCACGAUUUAAUGAUGCUGAUCUCAUUGCUGGGAGUCCCAGCUCAGCCCUUGGGACACAGGGUCAUACCCAGCCCUAGAGGCCAGGCCCUGCCGCAGCACGUCCCAGGCCCAGAUCCCGAGGACACGCAGGCCCUGUGCAUUCAAGGCCAGAGUGUCCUGUACCACACGCGGCACGAGGGCUCCCGGGUGCUGGGCGGGGGCUGGCUGCAGAGCCGGGCAGUGGGGGCAGUGGUCACCCAGCCCUGUGCCCACCCCAAGCGGCCGCAGAUGAGAGACCAGUGGCUCCCUGGCAGCAGAAACCAGGCUGAAGGCUGUGAUGCUGAUAGUCUGUCAUCCUCCAAUGGAGGCAGCUGUCCCCCGGCUUCCCCAGCCAGCCCAGAGCAGGCCACAGGUGACGGCAUCUUCAGCUGUGCUGUGGUCCAGGAGCUUCCCAACGCCACUGCCGUUCCCGUGCAGCACACACCCCCCUCACACCACGGCACAGCCUCGCCGUGCCAGUGUGUCACACCGUGCCAGUGCCUCGCACAUUCACAACCUGAACAUGAAAAGCACAGGGCGCGGCGGCGGCGGGCGGCGGCGCGGAUGGAGCGGCUGCGGCGGGAGCUGGGCGGGGGGCGCGGAGCCCCCGACCGCACCCUGACCUGGCAGGCGAUGGAGCAGCUGCGGUUCCUGCGGCAGGAGCUGCCCGAGGAGUGGCCGUUGGAGCGCCUGGCCCAGGGCUUUGGCGUCAGCACCGACGUGGUGCGGCGGGUGCUGCGGAGCCGCGGCUGUCCCUCACCGCGCCGCCGCCUGCGGCAGGACCAGCGGGCGCUGAGCGCCGCCGCGACGGCACCGCCGCCGGCACGGGGAGCGGGGGGCGGCCGCGAGGUGCGCGCCGCCGACGGGACGCUGUUGUACCGGCUGCCGCGGGGCUGGGGCUGGGGCGGGCCGGGGCCCAGCGCGCAAUAAACGCACUUGGGACCCGC